CUAUGUGUUGGCAAAUUGGGAAGGUGUUCACCAUUCAAUUUGUGGAUUUUUAGAGAUAAACACGCAUCUUAGCACUUGUUCCGUAGCUUUUGUCAAAGCCAGUUACUGUGUAUCUCAAUAGGAAAGUGGAAGAUUUUUUUUCAAUUUGUGAAAAAAAGGACUUGCAAGAAAACUAUAGCUUUUUACGCAUAAGGAAAAGGGAUUAUUGGUGAAAAUGGUGUCUGUGGAAACUAUUGGUUCAGUUUUUCUCAAAGUGUUCAAAUUGGUUCUCAACAUAGUUAUCCUCAUUCUCUACCGAACUGGCUAUGGAGGUGAUUUCCUGGGUGUUGGUGGAACAUGGAAUUUGAACGAAGAGAAGAGUCCUGAUGCAGAAAUUGUAGCUUCAGGUGUUAUUGUUGGUUUCAUGAUUUACACCUCAGUUCAGUUAAUAACAUAUGCCUUUGGUACGACAGCACACAAAAGAGAACUCUCGGAUACGAUCAUGAACGUUGUGGGUACUUUCAUGUGGGUGGCUGUCGGUGGAACUGCCCUUCACUAUUGGCACGGAUAUAUGCCAGAUCAUGAUUUCCUUCAUGUGGCCACAGAGAGGCAAGUUGGUCUUGCCAUGGGAGCCCUAUGCAUCAUUUCUGGUGCUCUCUACCUGGUUGACACCGUAUUAGCGUUUGUACACUUCGCGAAGGAUGCCUAAUCUUCACCUCACAUUUUGCAAUCUGCACCAAAAUCAUUACACCAAAUCAUUCAAUCAAAACUGAAUGACAUCAACAAUAGACAAAAUCACCUUUCCCUUUACUUAAGUGCCAAAAACAUGAUGCUGAAAUGCAAAGGAUAGUUCAACUAUUCUCUAUUUUAUGAUUAAAAUAUCUAAUCAAAAGUGUACUUUUCAUAUUUUGUAACUGUAGAAUGACGAAUAAAGUUAAGAAGAAACCAUA